AUGGAGGAAGAGGGUCGUAGGCACUCUGUAUCAAAUACAAGCGGUCGAUCAUCACAACCAUCAAGCUCUGGAAUCAAGCGCGGAAGCGUAAAAGCAGGUGUAAGCAUGCAUGUAAGUGGCCUUGAUCCGUACAUGUUUCCGUCAAAACAAAAGUCAAUAAAAGGCAUGUUCUUAG